AUGCGGAGUGCCUUAGAAACAAUAACGAAUUUCAUCUUGGAAUCGAAAGAAGAUUUGAUUCAGGAUCCAAUAAGAGGAAAAUUAUGUGUUAUACAUAACUUAUUUAACAAAUAUAACGAAAAAAAAGGGACAGGGUCCAGUUACACAUUUCAGGCAUUCAUCAAGUUAGUUCUUAAGUUAUGUGACAUUAGCGGUCGUGCAUUAGAAUUUGAUAUUGACUUACAAGAAUACAAGUGGAAUGAAACUACAUGCUCGAUAAGCGAGCCAUGUCUCAAAUGGAUAAAUUGGCAGCGGUUAGCCAUUCUUAAAGAACGCUUAAGUAGCUUACAGAUAAAGGAGACAAAAUUCAAAGAAAAUAAUCAAUUGUCUAUGGACCAAUAUAAAAGCAAGUAUGAAUUCUUAAUUUCCUUGUUGGGGCAGCCAUUGCAAACCACCAUCAUGGAGGAACGGCCCAUAAAUUACGAUUCGAAUCUUGAAGUUAAUAUAGAUUUGCCAAUGCUAGAUAAUCUUUUGACAAAGCCAAUAGCUCUGAUUAGCCUAACACAGGAAAAAGUUCGGCGUAAAACAAGAAUGAAGCCCUAUUACGAAAUAUGUGAUGAUCCACAACAUUGUCACAUAUUAUCCAAUAUUUGUCUUAAAAGAGAGUUAAUUAAACAGGGACUACCAGAAUUGCUGUAUACCCACAAGAUUAUACAACAAGCACACAAUGUAAUCCCAUCUGAAUUACUCAAAUGCUCGCAGACUAAAAUACAUUAUUUGCCCAUUCUUAAUAAUCACACUGAUUUAUAUUUGGGAGAUUGUUCGUACUUGGAUACAUGCCAUAAGAUGAAAACAUGCCGCUAUUUGCAUUAUUAUAGUUUAUUUCCAAUUGCUGCCAAGCAAGAUGAGCUGGAACAAGAUAUCACUAAGCGUUCGUCUGACCACGAAUAUACCGUGGGAGAAUGUUAUACGGAAUACCAAAGGAAACAAAUACCUGCCCAGUGGAUCAAUUGUGACGUUAGAUACCUCCCCUUCCUGAUUCUAGGAAAAUUUGCAGUUAUUGUUUCAGAUCCAGCAUGGGAUAUUCAUAUGUCCUUGCCGUAUGGAACAUGCAAAGAUUUCGAACUCUUAUCAUUACCUAUGCACGAGUUGCAAGAUGAAGGAUUAAUAUUGCUUUGGGUGACCGGCCGGGCAAUUGAAGUUGGUCGUCAAGCGUUGCAAAAUUGGGGUUACACCAUAGCGGAUGAAAUGAUCUGGAUAAAGUUGAACCAGUUGAAGCGUACUAUUGUAACUGGAAGAACCGGUCAUUGGCUAAAUCAUUCUAAAGAGCACUUACUCGUGGGAAUUAAAGGCGAUCCACCGUGGAUAAACAGGUUAAUGGACAUUGAUGUGAUUGUUAGUGGAACUAGGGAAACUCUGAGAAAACCUGAUGAAAUAUAUGAUAUUGUUGAAAGAAUUGUGGGAACACACUCUAGAAAAUUAGAAAUCUUUGGAAGAGAUCAUAAUGUCCGGCCUGGAUGGUUGAGUAUGUAUAGUUUUCAACACGCCUCAGAUAAGGAUACUAACAUUUUCUAG